CCGAAGAAAUCAACAGUCUUAUCUGUGAAUAUCAAUGUAUAAAAGGAGUAAUUUUUUGGAAGUUUUAUUACUUCUAACUAUUACAAGUUCGUCGAUAUUGCUUUUUAAAAACAUGAAUAACUAUUUGAAAGCAGUUCUGUUAGUUGUUGUCGUUUGUGACUAUAUUUCGUUUACAACAGCAGAAAAACGACUAGCAUUCAAUAAAAUAUACCUUAAUGAUUUCAAGGAAUUAUGCAAACAACAGAAUAAGGAUUUUAAUAGAGAUUUAAGAGCAGCACAUGACUUAGUAGCUGAUCUUUAUGAAAAUCGAUUAAGUUUAGAAGAGGGUAGAGAUGCAAUUAAUCAAGAAAAGAUUAAAGAUUUAGUUAAAGAAGUACUGGUUUGUUUUGACGAAGAACAAAAGCCAAACGCAACAGAAUUGGAAUCAAUUUACCAAGAAAUGACGAUCAAAUUAAAUGGUGCUAUUGCAAUUAGAAAAUUUUUAGAUGCUAAUAACAGCUGCUUAAAUAGGGAAUUCAGUUUUUGUAUGAAUAAUGUGGGAAGGUCUCCAAAUAAAGGUGACACAUUGUUUCAUGCACUGCCAAUAAUCCCUUCAAAUGAACAAUGCACAACUUGUCAAAAUAUGGCUCAGUGUAUUGAGAAAAGCAUUAAAGAAACGUGUUCUAAUCGACUGAUGUUAGCUAAGGAGAAAAUUAAUAUAUUUUUGACCACCCAAAAGUGUACGCGUGUCUAAAAAUUGUUUUUUUUUAUGUAUACGUAUAUUUAAUCAAAAAAUAAAAUAAUUAAGUUUA